AUGGAGCUCGCCAGUCUGCCCCCCGCAAGCCUCCCCUCCGCCAGCCUGGCCCCCAGCCCCGGGCCCGCCGGUGAGCCGCGCCGGGCGGGCUGGCGGCGGGGGUCUUGGUGGUGGUGGCGGCUGCGUUGGCGGCUGUGUUGGUGGUGUUGGUGGCGGUGUUGGCGUUGGCGGCGUUGGGGCAGGAGGAGCCGCCCGGCCUCGCUGACCGCCGCUCCCCGUUCUCUCCCCGCAGGCGAGCCCUGGGCGCGCCCCGCCGGCCCCGGCUCGGGACGGGAGGGCGGCCGGCGCAAGCGAACCACCUUCAGCAAGGCGCAGCUGGAGCUGCUGGUCCGCGCCUUCGAGAGGGAGCCGUACCCCGGCAUCGCCCUGCGGGAGCAGCUCUCCGGCCUCACCGACAUCCCCGAGUCCCGGAUCCAGGUGUGGUUCCAGAACAGGAGAGCCCGGCAGCUGAACCACAAGAAGAGCGAAGCCGCCGCCUACGCCAGGCCGGGCAAGCCGAAGCCACCCCGGUGCGUUGGCCAGGAGCGGCCCCGGGCGCAGCAGCGCCCGGGGACAGAGCGGAGCCUCCUCUGCCCGCAGCCAGGCCUGCCAGGAGGGACCCAGAGUUUCUGUGGUCAGCCGCCCUCCUACUCGGGGCAGCUGUACCCAAGGCUCGACAUGCAUUUCAGGAGCUUGGAUAACACAUUUGGAGCCCUGGGACAGACCCCAGCUGACUUUGGUUCGGACUGUUCGGGGAGAGGGGUCCCCCUGGGUGCGGGAAGCAUGGGGAGUGCCCCUCAGUUCUCGCUCCCUGCGCAGCAGGCACAGGAGUAUCCGCACCUGAAGAAAUCUUUCCCUGAAAGCUUCUACUCAGAUGCAGAUGUUUUCCAGCCUUGUACAGAUCACCAGUACCCAGCAGCUAAAGAGAACAUGUACCGGAAGCCUGUCUUCAACUACUUCAAUGCUAACCAGGGCCUGGGUGUUGAGAACUGUUUGUAUGGCAAGUCAAACACUUCUCCCUUUGGGAAGGGCUCCACUUUCAGUUAUGAUGGGGGGGAACCUGAGCUUGAGCCCGAGCAGAUGAGGCACAGUUCACCUCUGCUUGCAGCUAGUAAUGCUAGUCCUCCUUUGGUACUUCUAAAGCAUGAAGGGGGGUAUCAAGGCACACUUGCCACUCCAGUCCCAUCUUAUGAGCAGCAGUUGCUGGAGACAGUAAAUGACUAUGACCCUUAUUGGCUGGGCAUGAAAAAUGAAAUUUUGGGAACAGGGUUAGAUUUGCUGUUUGAGAAUCAGCAAAAUGCAGAGCAAGGUCAGACAAAAAAUUACCUUUCUGCUUUUGGUGGCCAGAAUUCAGUCUGUCAUUUGGGUCACACAUGAAACUGGCAGUGGGUGUACUUGCCUGAUGAAAAAUGAAUGUGAUUUUUUUGCUCAAUUGGCAGUGUUGUCUGAAGUAGCUAGAGGUUUUACAGGCCUAAGUGCAGAGUCCUUGCUCCGAAUUUUGUGCUCUGUCUGGAAGGGAAAGAAAGAUAAGCCAUGUUAGCAAGGGCCACCUGCUGAAUCUGAGCUGCCUCCCCACCCCAAGGGACCCUUCACCAGCUGCUUGCAGUAUUCCUGCACUUUGGUUAGGGGCAGCCUCACGUUAACCUGCACACACAGACUGAUCUUCACAAGUAUGUCAGUACUGAAGAGCUUUCUGUGUUCAGACUCUGCUGGAUUAAUUCUGCCAGGAGGCUUAGGACUAUGGUGUUGCUUUUGUGGCCUUACUGCACUGAGUUUUGUUUCUAUCCUGGUCAUAAUUCACUAAUUUUAACUUAAAAAAUCCUAGAUAACAGACUUAUUUAUAGCUUUUAGUUGAGAAAGCAUUAACACAAGAGGGGUACAAGCAUGGGAAAAGCAGCCUUGGUGGUGGCAGGGGACAUCUCACUGGGUGUGUUUGCAUUUUAGGUGUGUUCCUGGUAAAGAACACUAAUGGUUUUUUCCUGGGUACUUAAUUUAUAGUGUUUUCAUUUAAAAAUGACCACAGCCUUUUAAAAGGCAAUAUUUUUGUUCCGUAUAAUUUCAGAUUUUCUUUUGUAUAAUUUUUUUGCAAAUUGUCUUUUCAAAAAAAAUAUGUAAUUUUCUAUUUGCCAAAUUAAAGUUUUCUACCUUCAUGAAGUUGUAGAAUUGCACUCAGAGGAGAGAAAAAUGUGUUUCAUCUUUGCAUUUGCACAUUGAGCCUAUUUUUAGAAUUCUCAAGAUCCAUGGCUGUCCAGAAGACCACAGUAAUCAUGGAAGGGUUCUUCAUGUGUAUCUCUGGAGAACUGCCAUGGCUGUGUGUUAAAGCAGUAUUAGGCCUAGGAUGCUGAAAACUCUACAUGCAAAUCCUUUUUUGUGUUUAAAAUGUGGCUCUGGAAUAUUUUUAAGUAUGCUUAGAUUGUAAAACAUUUGUUAUUAACUUAAUUAUUUUGUUUAUAGAACAGGAGAAACAAUGAGAAUAAAAAUCACACACCAUUUUUUUUAUUAAUAAAGUUGAUAUCCCUGAAGAAACUGUCUAUGGAGAUGUGUACACAAGAAAUCCAGAAAAUUAGUCCUGACUUUUGUCAGUAAUUUUUAGCUGUGGCUGUAAUUUUUCUGCCUUGACCUAAAGGAUUGGAACAAGCUCAUGUAUGACAGAAGAGCUACAUGGUGUCAGACAAUAGCUGCAAGGCACUUUGACCACAAGAAGUUGUAUUUGAGACUGAAG